AUGAACCAGAUUUCAGCACCGCCGUACGACAAAACUGGCCGCCGUGCCGAUUCGCCAAUGCGCGAAGAAGCUCGUCUCUCCACUGAGGUGCCACUGAACGGGCAUAUCUCACAUGGUCUCCCGACGCCUGCAAACGAUGUGCCAUCUUCUGGCUUCACGGCAGUCAAUGGCGAUUCACACCUUUACCCUUCUUUCCGCCCCGACGAAUCAGCUAGACCACCGGUAGCAAUGACGAAUGGAGAUCAUAGGCCUCAGGAUCGUCCAGCACCGUAUCCUGGACCUGGAGCAUACCCGAACCACGGAUGGCAACCCGAUGAGCGACGACCUGAUGAAGUUGACAUCAACAGAGCACGACCAGAAAGCCCAGGACUCGGCAAGCGCAAGCGCGCAGACUCUCGCAGCAAUGGCGCUCGCGAAGACGCAAGGGAUGAAUUUCAAUACUCCCGUGGCUAUCAGUCGCCGAAACGACGAAUGAUGGUACUCAAUUCGGGCGGUAUUGGCGCAACUGAGAAAUUGGCGGAAGCGCGAUCGUUUUCUGAUGGAGGUGGGGAUCUUCCAGAAGCCACCACCGGUACUUAUGAGCGUGAUCCAACACCCACAGCAAGGUGGGAUAAUGCAUCACCUCCUCCACAGCCCAGGCCAGAGGUUGAAGCUGAACUAGCAAAGGCCGCCCAAGCAUUUGCUGCCACAGACAAGGCUCCACUGCCUGCUCAGCACAGCGCAAGUCCUCCGGACGAUGAUCGCUACGACCGCUCACGAUCACAGCAAUACACUCCAGAGGCUGGAGACGCACAAGCUGGAGACAGCUCCGACCCGAAGAAACGAAAACGAAACUUCAGCAACCGCACGAAGACUGGCUGUCACACUUGCCGCUCGCGCAAGAAAAAGUGUGACGAGGGGAAACCCAUCUGCGAGAAUUGCAAGCGAGGCGCCUUCGAAUGUGGCGGCUAUGGGCCCAAGCCGCCUGGAGGUGCCAAAAUAAGCGCUGCGAGGACGAAUUUGCACAUCCAAUCCAAGCCGCAGUACGAAGCGCCUCAGCCUUUCUACGAUGCCCGUCAUCAUCGCCCUCCUUCGCCUCGACCUCCGCCACAUUGGGAUGCUGUCCGGCCAGAUCCUUACAGUGCGCCGUAUCGGUAUGCUCAACCAGGACCAAUGGAUGCGCGGCCGCCUAGCUCCCGUGACAGUUGGGCCGGUCGACCUCCAGCCUGGGCAGGUCCUGAACAUCCACAGUACAUGCACGAGCGUCUGCCGCCUCCCGUGGAGCUUGCGGGUAUACCGCCGCCACCGCCUCCAGGGCAUAUACACAGUUAUCCUCACGACCCACGAGGUCCGCCGCCUGGGGCAUGGGCGCAACCGCCAAGUCUACCCCAUUAUCGAGCCCCUCCAGGUCCUCCUACCGUAAUCAGUUCUCGCGAAAGCGUAACGACAUCACACUCCGGCCAUGCCACAUCGCUACCAGGGUUCCCAAGCCACGGACCACCGACAGAUAGGACGAAGAUGAUGACGGGUCAACCUUAUAGACACUUUAUCGACGACGAGUUGAUAAGAGACCGACAAUCAUGCAGACGGGCAGUAGAGUCAUACAACCAAGCCUGCGCCGCCAGCUCGACCGCUUCUGACGCCGAGAAGGUGCGGCACUUUCGAUCGAUCAGGGAUCCCAGGGCGCGAACGUUCAGCGAGACAAUGGUCACCACCUGGCAAGGGCCGACCGGGACAUGUGGAUCACGCACAAUCGUCGAGAGUCCAUUUACCUGCGAGUAUGGGUAUAAUGUCAACCUUGGCAACGAUGUGGUGAUACAAGCAAACUGUGUGAUGCAGGAUGCGUGCACGAUCUCGAUCGGUGACAGGACCAUCGUUGGACCCAAUGUCAAGUUCUACUGCAUGACUGCUAGCGUCGAUUCAGGCUUGCGCAAAGGCAGCCAAGGGAUGUUCCUGGCGGGCGCCAUCAAAGUGGAAGAGGAUUGCUUCAUAGGUGCGGACGUAAUCAUUAUGCCCUUCAGGACGAUUGGAAAGGGAGCUGUCGUCGGUGCAGGCUCAGUCGUCACUAAAGACGUAGCACCCUUCACCAUCGUGGCCGGAAAUCCCGCCAAGCCGGUCCGCAAACGCAUCGAGCCUGGGCCGAAUGUUGACAACCACGACCAUGAUAUACAAGAGCAAAAUGAGAAGAUGAUACAGCUCAUGAAAGAGAAUAGAGUUGCAACUACCCGCGAUGGUAUACUGCAAUCUGCGUAA